AGGUGAGAAUGGAAACCUAGAAAUGUUAAAGCAUAACUUGACUCCGUUGUCAAAUUUCCUUCAAUUUCACUCCAAAUCUAAUCAUUUCUUCCACUUAGCGCGAAUCUCCUCUUCAAGCAGCCAUUCCCAGUCUAAGAUGGAGGCGACUUCUUAUAUGUUUGGGCCAUACAAGAUUGACAAAAAAGAGGUCUUUUAUUCCACUGAUUUGUCCUAUGCCUUGGUCAACCUCCGCCCCCUUCUUCUUGGUCAUAUCCUUGUCCACUUUUAUGUGAAUAUAGCCAGUUGUGAUGAUACUGAGGAAGAUAGAAUGUGGCGUGAAGUACAGCGCUUUGCUGAGCUUACUACUGAUGAGACUAGCGACUUGUGGCUUACAGCACAAAAAGUUGGCAAGCAACUUGAGUCAUACCACAAGGCAUCUUCUCUUACAUUUGCAAUCCAAGAUGGACCCCAGGCAGGACAGACAGUUCCUCAUGUUCAUAUUCACAUAAUCCCACGGAAAAGUGGUGAUUUUGAAAAGAAUGAUGAGAUUUAUGAUGCUCUGGAUGUGAAGGAGAAGGAGAUGAAGCAGUCACUUGAUUUGGACAAGGAAAGGAAGGACAGAAGCAUUGAGGAGAUGGCUGAAGAGGCAGAUAAAUAUAGAAAACUUUUCUAGUGAAGAAGCAGAUGAAACUUUUCUAGUGAAGGGGCGUACAUCAUCUCAUUAUUACUCUCUCUUGAGUCUAGCUGUUGCCCAAGUGCUUUAUUGAUCACCAGCUAUGGUUUGGAUCUAACAUUUGGAUUUCUUAUAUACUAUGUGAACAUUCUGCUUCUUACAUAUAACUGAAGUUGUUGCUCUUUUCUCCUA